UAAGAAACUAGCCUGGGAUACAGUCAGUACACCACGUGUUCGGUCCCUGAAACAAUAUUGAAAGCAUUUGACUAUUAAAUCCAUGGGUGGCGCUACUUACAGUAGAGGUUUGAACUUUACUCAAACUUUUGAAUGCACAAAACGGAAGUCGCCAUUUUAACUUUGCGAGAAAAAGAGACAACUGCAGAAAUACUAGUUAAGGAAGUUUAGUUCAGCACCAAAUCCACUGUCGAGACGCAUACAGUAGCCACUUCAAUGGAUACAAAGCAUGGCUUGUUACUUGCCUGGAUCAAGCAUUCAGAGUUCAGGAUUGUGCUGGUUGGGAAGACUGGAUCUGGGAAGAGUGCCUCAGGAAACACCAUCCUGGGCAGAAGAGAGUUUAGAUCUGAAGUCAGCACCUCUGCAGUAACAAAGGUGUGUGAGAAGAGAGCAGGAGUAUGUAAUGGGAGACGGGUCACUGUGGUCGACACCCCAGGCUUGUUUAACAGAGAGCUCUCUGAAGAGGAUCUGAAGCGUGAGAUUGUGAGGUGUGUUUCUCUGUCUGCACCGGGACCCCACGCUUUCCUCUUGGUGCUGCAGGUGGGGCGAUUCACACAUGAAGAGAGAGAGACAGUGGGGCUUAUCCAGAAGCUUUUCGGUGAGAGGGCUGCCAGGUAUAUCAUACUCCUUUUCACACGCGGGGACGAUCUAGAUGACACGACCAUUGAGAAGUACAUCCAGCGAUCCAGUGAGGGCCUCCGAGAGAUUGCUGAGAAGUGUGGGAACAGGUAUCAUGUCUUCAACAACAGGAACAGUAAUCAGAGUCAGGUUACGGGGCUCUUGAAAAAAAUCGAGAGCAUGGUCGCAGCAAAUGGUGAAAGCUGCUACACGAGAGAGAUGUACCAGGAGGCAGAAUCAGCCAUGAGACGAGAGCAAGAGAGGAUGAGGAGCAAGAGAGAGGAAGAGAAACGCAGGGAGGAAGAGGAGCAGAGGAGGAAGUUCCUGGGUGAGCAGAAAGUAAAGAGAAAGCUCUGCCCCCCCUCUUCAGCAAGAAUAGCAGAAGCGAAUAUUCUGGUAGGAGAGGACCAGUUUAGCUGUUCUGUGUGUCUGGAGCUAUUGAAGGACCCAGUCGCUAUUCCAUGUGGACACAGUUACUGUAUGGGGUGUAUUAAGAACUACUGGGAUCAGACUGAUCAUACAGGUGUCUACAGCUGCCCCCAGUGCAGAAAGACCUUUACCCCAAGGCCUGAUCUGCGCAGAAACACCAUGCUGGCUGAAGUUGUGGAGGAAUUAAAGAAGACAGGACUCAAUCCUCCUCCUGCUCAAAGUUAUGCUGGACCUGGAGAUGUGCCGUGUGAUUUCUGCACUGGGAGAAAGUUCAAAGCUGUGAAAUCCUGUUUGACGUGCCUGGCCUCUUACUGUGAAACACACAUCAAGCCACACAGUGAGGUUACUCCAUUAAAGAGGCACAAGCUGAUCAAUGCAAUUGGAAAUCUGGAGCAGAAGCUUUGUACUGAACACCAAAAGGUUUUGGAGAUCUUCUGUAGAACUGAUCAGAUGUGUAUUUGUGCGUUAUGUACUGUCAAGGAACACAAGAGCCACGAUACAGUCUCAGCUGAGACAGAAAGGACUGGGAAACAGAAGCAGCUGGGAGAGACACAGACAGAAAUACAACAGAGAAUCCAGGAGAGACUGAAAGACGUGGAGGAGCUGAAACAGGCUGUGGAGUCACUGAAAAGAUCUGCAUGCAUAGAAAUAAAGGAAAGUGAGAAGAUCUUUACUGAGCUGAUCCGAUCCAUUGAGAAGAUCUACACUGAGGUUAUUGAGCUGAUUGGAGCUAACGAGAAGGCUGCAGUGAAUCAGGCUGAAGGACGCAUGAAGAAACUGGAGCAGGAGAUUGCUGAACUAAGGAGGAGAAACGCUGAGCUGAAACAGCUUUCAGAGACAGAGGAUCACAUCCAUUUUCUACAGAAUUUCCAGUCUCUCUGUGCCCCUCCUGAAGCUGGAGACUUACCCAGCGUUACUGUCAAUACAGACAUCUCUUUUGGGGCUGUGAGGAAAGCUGUAUCUGAACUUAAAGACCAUAUUGAGGACUUCUGCAAGGGGGAAUUAGUCAAAAUAACCACAACAGUGAAUGAAGUUGCAGUUUACAGUCUGCAGGGUCCAGAGCCAAGGAACAGAGCUGAGUUUUUAAAAUCUGUUGGGCCUUCCUCCCCCCCUACCCUCUCUUCACAUCAAAAGAAGAUUUGCAUGAUGGAAGAGGUAUGUUUUUUUUCAAAGAUGCAAAAUGAUUAAACAUUAAACACCUUGCCAAGAUAUUCAGGCAACCAGCUUGCAAAUAACAAU